ACUGGCGCUGCACCCGGGCGGAGCGUGGCCGCGACGGGGCGGGCGGACGGUCGGGCGCGCACACCCGGUGUCAGGUCCUUCGCGCCCAACCUCCAUCCCGACCUCUCACCCGGCCCGGGACCCCGACCCUGCCCCGGCCUGGCCCCCGCUCCUGCCCCCCUCCCGGGCCGAUGGACUACUCCUACCUCAAUUCGUACGACUCGUGCGUGGCGGCCAUGGAGGCGUCCGCCUACGGCGACUUCGGCGCCUGCAGCCAGCCUGGUGGCUUCCAGUACAGCCCCCUGCGGCCUGCCUUCCCCGCCGCCGGGCCGCCCUGCCCCGCGCUCGGCUCCUCCAACUGCGCGCUCGGCGCCCUCCGCGACCACCAGCCCGCGCCCUACUCCGCAGUGCCCUACAAGUUCUUUCCGGAGCCGUCGGGCCUGCACGAGAAGCGCAAGCAGCGGCGCAUCCGCACCACGUUCACCAGCGCGCAGCUCAAGGAGCUGGAGCGCGUCUUCGCCGAGACCCACUACCCGGACAUUUACACGCGCGAGGAACUGGCCCUCAAGAUCGACCUCACCGAGGCUCGCGUGCAGGUCUGGUUCCAGAACCGCCGGGCCAAGUUCCGCAAGCAAGAGCGCGCGGCCAGCGCCAAGGGCGCGGCGGGCGCCGCGGGCGCCAAAAAGGGCGAGGCGCGCUGCUCGUCCGAGGACGACGACUCCAAGGAGUCCACGUGCAGCCCCACGCCCGACAGCACCGCGUCGCUGCCGCCGCCGCCCGCGCCCGGCCUGGCCAGCCCGCGGCUGAGCCCCAGCCCGCUGCCCGCCGCGCUCGGCUCCGGGCCCGGGCCCCAGCCGCUCAAAGGCGCUUUGUGGGCCGGUGUGGCGGGCGGCGGGGGCGGCGGGCCCGGCGCGGGCGCGGCCGAGUUGCUGAAGGCCUGGCAGCCGGCGGAGCCCGGGCCCGGGCCCUUCUCGGGGGUUCUGUCCUCCUUCCACCGGAAACCCGGCCCCGCGCUCAAGACCAAUCUCUUCUAGCCGCGGGCCCCGUCCCCCGGAGACACCCCUCGUCCCCGCAGGACCCGGCAGAGCCCCCCCCGCCCCCCCCCCCCCCAGUUUCCCGGCGCCCGCCUGGAAGCUGCCCGUCCGUCCCCGCUCCCCACU